UUUCCGGCGAUUUCGUCGCUCUCUCUUCUGCAGACAUUCGCCACGGUGGGAAGAUGCAUCAAGGCUAUCAGAAUAGUGGAGCUGCCGAUUUGGCUCAGCUACAAGCCACCAUGCAAGCAAUCGAAUUAGCCUGCAGUUCAUUUCAGAUGCAUAUGAAUCCAGCAGCAGCUGAGGAAACCAUUUUGUCACUAAGCCAGUCUCCUCAACCAUACCAUGCAUGCAAAUAUAUUCUGGAAAAUUCUCAGUUGGCAAAUGCUAGGUUCCAGGCUGCUGGAGCAAUUCGAGAUGCAGCUUUAAGGGAAUGGGUAUUCCUUGAGAUUGAUGACAAGAGAGGGUUAAUAAGCUUUUGUUUUCACUCUGCUACACAACAUGCUAGUUCACCUGAGGGCUAUGUUCAAGCAAAAGUUGCAUCUGUAGCUGCCCAGUUGAUAAAAAGAGGCUGGAUAGAAUUCAGUGCAGCUCAGAAGGAGACAUUUUUCCUUGAGGUGAGACAGGCGAUAGUUGGUGGCCAUGGUCUUGAUGUGCAGUUCAUUGGAUUGAACUUUCUGGAAUCCUUGGUAUCUGAAUUUUCACCAUCUACUUCAAUUGCUAUGGCUCUUCCUAGGGAGUUUCAUGAGCAAUGCCGAGUCUCUUUUGAGUUAGAAUAUCUAAAGUUGUUUUACUGCUGGGCACAAGAUGCUGCUGUUAGUGUCUCCAAUAAAAUAGCUGAAUCAGAGGCUGCCAUUCCUGAAGUUAAAGUUUGUACAGCAGCAUUGCGUCUGAUGCUUCAGAUCCUCAACUGGGACUUUAAAUGUGAUGCAAAUGUGCCAGACAAUGCAAAACGAGGCAUCAACAUUUUCUCUGCUGGGGUAAGGGGUGAUGUAAGCUCUCCUAAGAGGACUGAGUGUAACCUAGUGCAGCCUGGAUCCUCCUGGCGGGGUAUACUUGUGUCAAGUGGUCACAUCGGGUGGCUUUUGAGCUUUUAUGAAGCACUGAGGCAGAAGUUUUCAUGUGAAGGAUACUGGAUUGAUUGUCCUCUUGCAGUCUCUGCUCGGAAGCUUAUAGUUCAGUUCUACUCCUUGUGGGGAACAAUAUUUCCAUCUGAUGAUGGGAAUACUCAAAAACAGCACCUUUUGCAUCUCUUAUCUGGAAUUAUAGCAUGGAUAGAUCCCCCUGAUGUUGUUUCAACAGCAAUAGUGAAUGGAAAAAGUGAAAGUGAAUUCCUUGAUGGAUGCCGAGCCUUACUAUACAUGGCUACUGUAACCACAGUGCUAGUAUUUGAUGAACUGCUGAAGUCUAUAAGGCCUUAUGGCACUCUUAGUUUGUUGUCCGCCCUGAUGUGUGAAGUCAUUAAAGACCUUAUGGCAAACCACACUGAAGAGGAGACGUGGAGCUGGGUAGCACGUGAUAUCUUGUUGGACACUUGGACUACACUUCUGACGCCUUUGGAUGGUUCUAUUAGCCAUGCGGUUAUUCCUUCGGAAGGGAUUGGAGCUGCAUCUCAUCUCUUUGCCCUGAUUGUAGAGUCUGAAUUAAGAGCUGCUUCUGCAUCCGCCUUCAAUGAUGAGAAUGAGACUGAUUAUCUUCAGGCUUCUAUUGCUGCCAUGGAUGAAAGAUUGAGUUCGUAUGCACUUAUUGCUCGAGCAGCUAUUAAUGUUACUGUUCCUUUUCUGAUACGACUCUUCUCUGAGAAAUUUGCCCGUCUACAACAGGGCAGAGGCUUUAGUGAUCCAACUCAAACUUUGGAAGAGCUCUACUCACUUUUGUUAAUAACUGGGCAUGUUAUAGCAGAUGAAGGACAGGGUGAAACACCACUGGUGCCUGAUGCUAUACAAUUCCAAUUUAUGGAUGUUAUGGAGACGGACAAGCAUCCAGUUGUCAUACUUUGUGGAUCAAUAAUAAAAUUUGCUGAGCAGAGUUUAAAUCCAGAGAUGAGAGCGUCGUUCUUCAGUCCAAGGCUAAUGGAGGCGAUUGUAUGGUUCCUUGCAAGAUGGUCAACUACUUAUCUAAUGCCACCUGAUGAAAAUAAAGGGAGUGCAUCUUCAGAUAAUCACAAGGCAAAACAUUACAAAAAAGUAUUGCUUAAUUUUUGUGAAGAGGACAACCAGGGGAAAGCAGUGCUUGAUCUUAUUCUUCACAUUUCGAAGACAACACUCACUUCAUAUCCUGGAGAGAGGGACUUGCAGGCACUAACUUGUCAUGAGUUGCUUCAUGGACUUGUUCGGCGGAAGAACGUUUGUGUGCACCUUGUUGAAUUGGACUCUUGGCGUGAGUUGGCAAAUGCUUUUGCAAAUGAGCAAACUCUAUUCUCACUAAAUGCUGCUCACCAGCGUUCGCUUGCUCAAACCCUUGUUCUUUCAGCUUCUGGCAUGACAACUCUAGAGGCCUCCAGCCAGUAUGUGAGAAAUCUGACAAACCAUAUGGCAACUAAUCUGGUGGAACUCUCAAGCCGAAGUGAUCUAAAAUGUGUAGCUGAACAGCCAGAUAUUAUUUUAUUGGUCAGUUGCUUGUUGGAGCGACUUCGUGGUGCUGCUAGUGCGACAGAACCUCGAACACAGAGAGCUAUUUAUGAGAUGGGUUAUUCAGUACUGAAUCCACUCUUGAUGUUUAUGGAAGUUUACAAACAUGAGUCCACAGUUGUGUAUCUGUUACUCAGAUUUGUGGUUGAUUGGGUUGAUGGACAAAUCAUUUACCUAGAAGCUCGUGAAACGGCUAUUGUUGUUGGAUUCUGUAUGCGCCUACUUCAGCUUUACUCUUCCCACAAUAUCGGCAAGAUAUCUCUGAGCAUUUCAAGCAGCUUGCGGAGUGAAGCUGAUACCGAAAGAUACAAGGAUCUACGUGCUGUACUCCAAUUACUUGCUAGUCUCUGUUCAAAAGAUCUGGUUGACUUCUCAUCAGAACCUAUUGAAGCUCAGGGGACAAAUAUUUGUCAGGUGGUAUAUAUGGGUCUUCACAUAGUUACCCCUCUGAUAAGUUUGGACCUGCUCAAGUACCCCAAGCUUUGUCAUGACUACUUCUCGCUGCUAUCACAUAUGUUGGAGGUAUAUCCUGAAAUGAUUACACAACUAAAUGGAGAAGCUUUUGUUCAUAUCAUUAAGACUCUUGAUUUCGGUCUGUCUCAGGAUGCAGAGGUCGUUGAUUUAUGUCUAAGAGCUAUAAAAGGGCUUGCUUCUUUCCAUUACAAGCAAAAAAGUGCUGGAGAAGUGGGGUUAGGUCUCCAUGCUUCAGGUUACAAGGAUCAGACAGGAAACUUUCAGGAAGGGAUUCUGAGCCAAUUUCUUCGAUCAUUGCUACAGUUUCUCCUCUUUCAGGAUUACAGCACUGAUCUGGUUGGCUCAGCUGCGGAUGCUCUUCUUCCAUUAAUCCUUUGUGAACAAACUUUAUACCAGAAGUUGGGAAGUGAACUGAUAGAGAAGCAGUGUGACACAGGUUUCAGAUCAAGGUUGACAAAUGCACUCCAAUCACUCACAAGCUCCAACAGUCUGUCUUCGACACUUGAUCGGCCAAAUUACCAGAAGUUUAGAAAGAAUCUGCAUAACUUUCUUACUGAAGUUCGUGGAUUCCUCCGGAAAAUAUAAUUUUGUAAAUCUGCAGCCAUUCUAUUAAAGUGUUUUCCUUUUC